AUGAGCUCCCCUCCAAACAACUCUUCCUCCUCUGUCAACCGCCUCGACAAUAUGUUCCUCCACCACCUGAUGCGCAGCCUUCAAGUUCAAAAUUCAGACAACCAAGUUACCGACGAGGAUUUCAUUUCCGACGAAGAAGAAGAACUAGAAUACGAGCCCCAUCCCCACCAAGACAACGGACUAAGCGCAACCUACCAAGAAGAAUCUCGGAUUGAAGCUGAAGUCGUUUACCGGAUUCUCAAUGGGAAAUCGCAUACGCUGAAGCCUAAUUCUGGUGAAACGGUUAUGAUUCGUGAAAGUAGCAUUGCUGUUGGGUUUCAUGUCGAAGAAGAAGGGGAGUAUGUAGUGUGGGAAUGGCAUGGUCACAUUCCGCGAUACACUGAAGAGCUUGAAUUUUCUCUUGAGUAUACCUAUGGAAAUUACUUUCAAAGGAUUAUGCCUGAGGAGUGUCCUCCCACACCGCCUCGAGUAGAUGCAGCGGCUGAUAAAGGUUUAAAGGAUUUGUUUGAUGGUGUUGUCAAUCCCGCCCCUGGUAGGAUUCUUCAUCGCAAUCUCAACAUUGGUUCUGCUGCUCCCAGGCUCUAA